UUAAUAUGUGAUUACUUUCUUUUUUCAGAUGGCGAAGAAAAGGAAUAAUGUUAUUCCCAACAUCCAUUUACGUAAGAACUGGGCCACCAGAGUGAAAACUUGGUUUGACCAGCCAGCACGUAAACACCGACGUCAUAACAACAGGAUCAAGAAGGCUAAACGUAUUGCCCCAAGACCAGCUGCUGGUCCACUCAGACCAGCUGUCCGCUGUCCAACUUUUAAAUACCACACAAAAUUGAGGGCUGGCCGAGGAUUUUCCCUUGAAGAGCUGAAGGCUGCAGGUAUCUACAAAAAGACUGCCAGGACUCUAGGAAUUUCUGUUGACCACAGGAGGAGGAACAAGUCUGUCGAAGGUCUGCAAGCUAAUGUGCAACGUCUCAAGGAAUAUAGAUCCAAACUCAUUUUGUUCCCAAGAACAGCUGGAGUCACUAAGAAGGGAGACAGUGAGGAGUCUGAAUUGAAGCUUGCAACGCAGUACACCGGCCCAGUCAUGCCAAUCCAAGAUGCUGUACGUCGUGAGAAGCGUCGUGCUGUCACUGAUGAUGAGAAGAAACACAGCGUGUACCAGUCUCUGAGAAUGGCGCGCUCAAAUGCGAGACUGCACGGAAUCAGGGCCAAGCGGGCGAAGGCCAAGGCAGAAGCUGAGGCAGAAAAGCAAACAAAGAAGAAGUAAACAAACCUAUCUGUAAAUUAGAAGCUUCGCAAAUAAAUCUUACCAUGUCAAAAUGAUGGAAUGACAUUGA